AUGUUUGAGGAAAGCACAAGCAGUGUAAAGCAGUUCCUAGUUCAAUACUGUGAAGGGCGUAAACAAGCUGGCUGCAUUUUGCUGCAAGAUCCACUUUUGAUCUUCUAUGAGACCUUGUGUGUUGGGUUAAGUGGGGAUGACAACUUAUUGGAUACAGAUGGUUUCCUUCAACCAUCACCAACACAUUCAGGUUGGUGA